AUGAAAAUUGGACCACAAAUUGCUUGUCAAAAAAAGGGGGAUACUACUCCAUGGGGGUGCUGUAUGCAGCGCUGUACGGUAAGAUGUGUUGAUAUUGCUCAUAUUAGAUAUUUUUCGAGCUUAAGUUUUGGUUUGAUUGACCGAUUAUCACGGGAAUGCCAAAUUUUUGCGCCAUCAUUAUGCUAUUCAUUUUUCACUGUCCCUGGUAGUG